AUGUCAUUUCACUGUCACUACCAUAAUUUCAAUUUGCCUGGAAGGCUUAUCAGAGCUGAUCAGCACAGCCCGCACACGUGUAUUGGUUCAGCUCUGCUUGUUAAGGUAACCUCUCUAAUUUUCUUUGCAGUAAAACGAUUUAAGGAACCAAAGGAAGAGAGGCGUCCCUGGAGGAUAUGGUUUUAUGAUACCUCCAAGCAAGCAAUAGGUGCCCUCUUCAUCCACUUUGCCAAUAUUUUUCUGUCGGAUCUCACUGAAGAGGACCCUUGCUCUCUCUACCUUAUUAAUUUCAUUCUUGAUGCCACGCUGGGGAUGCUGCUCAUCUGGCUUGGUGUGAAAGUUGUUUCCCGGAUCGUGCAGCACAAGAAGUACACGUACCUGGUCUUCGGAGAAUAUGGUGACCCUCCACAAGCUGCUGCCUGGAUUGGCCAGUGUAUCCUCUACUUGCUGAUAAUGGUUUUUGAGAAGACUGUGAUUAGCCUUGUCCUGCUCAUCCCUGGUUGGACAAAGCUUCAGCAGAUCCUCCUGGGUUACAUCCCAAAUCCCCAGCUGGAGCUCGUCCUGGUCAUGCUUGUUGUGCCUUUUAUAGUCAAUGCCAUUAUGUUCUGGGUUGUGGACAGCUUGAUCAUGGGGAAAUAUAAGCAGAAGGAUACCCUGGACAUCAAUGGAUCCAUAGAAACUCCUCGGGCUAGGAAGACUGAGGAAUCUCAGGUGUUACUCUCUCCAGACAUGGAUUUUGAUCAGUCUGAAAGCGACCAGGAUAUUUCAGGACUCCAGGGAACGAACCAGAAGAUGAAGCAGUCCAGCUAUCAAGUGGUCAUCUGA